AAAAAAAAACCUAGAGAGGACGUCAGGUGACGAAUUGGAAAUCGGACGAGACAGGGUACAGGAAGCAAAGGACAAGACAGGACGAAGCAGAGCACGACAGUGGAAAUGAUCCAGGCGUGUGUUGGAAUUGGCGAGACAGAGCCAAACACUCCUUUAAAGAACGCUAGUGCAAAUAAGAGGAAAGCCCAGGAGCAUAAUCCUACGAGCGCUGUGAAGCAAUUAGACGGUGGCUCUCGUAGCCGGAGACAAAAUCCCAUAAGCGUGUCUCUAGGGAGACACAAAAUAUCCAUCUUGAACGCCUUUCUUCGUUUGCCCCGCAGGCAAGGGGGACGUCUUCGGGGACGUCUUCUGGAAGGAGGUGACGCUGGCUCAAGCCUGCGCCAACGUGCGCGCUCUGACGUACUGCGACCUCCAUGUGAUCAAGCGCGACGCCCUGCAGAAAGUGCUCGAAUUCUACACGGCCUUCUCGAAUCACUUCUCCCGCAAUCUGCUGCUCACUUACAACCUGCGCAAGAGGAUGGUCUUUCGAAAAAUCAGCGACGUGAAACGAGAAGAAGAGGAGCGGCAGAGGCGGAAAAACGAGGCCCCGCUGAACUUGCCGCCCGACCACCCGGUGCGCAAACUCUUCCAGCGCUUCCGGCAGCAGCGGGAGGCUCGCACGGUCACGGACAAGCCCAGCGAAGACAACGACAUCGAGAAGGGGCCGGUCUACGUGGACGUCCCCAAGACCGCCAUCAUCACCACUACCAGCAUUGUGACGGUAACAGAAAGCCCGGCGACGCCUUCGUCGUCCGCGCACGAGUUGUCGCACGCGGCCCCCGGCUGCGGCCCUUCGGACAAGGUGAAGCUACAGGUGCCGCCUCCCGUCUCCCUGGUGGGCGGUCGGGCCGCCGAGCCGGGCAAAAUCAAAGGCUGGGGACGCUUUAAGGAGUCCAUAGCGAAGCCGGACAACUGGAAAACGGUGUCCAAAUCCGAAUCCAUGGAGACAUUACCGGAGCGGACCAAGGGCCACGAGUCGCAGCUGUCCCUAAAGAAGACGGACUCGUGCGACAGCGGCAUCACCAAAAGCGACCUGCGCCUCGACAAAGUCAGCGACUUCCGCCUGACGCCGCAGGACCGCAGUCCCGUGCAGCCGACCGAAACCAGACGUUCCUUCUACCCCAUCCCUGAGCAGACCCUCCAAGCCUCGCUUCAAGAACUCAAGCUGGAGCUCAAGGACGACCUGAAGAACCUCAACGUACGAAUGUCGGGCCUGGAGGCUCAGCUCGCCGAAGCUCUGCAGCUCCUGAAAGCCAGGACGCCCAUCACAGGCUCCCCGCAAGGUCUUUUUGACAUUUCCAGACCCGCCUCGCCUGAAGCCGACAAGGAGGACAUCUUUUCUUGAGCGCUAGAGGGACAUUUUACUCUCAAUUUAGCUGCAAUCCAGUAAUGGCCGCAUUACUACGGGGAUAGCUGAAUCUGCACUGGCAUAGGGGGGGGUUGCCUUUUAGAUUAGGCAUCUGGGCGUAGUCUUGUAAAGACACGCAGGCCUCCAGCGCAGGAACGCGAAUGCCACGGCCGAGAUACUAAGGCGGAAACCCAGCACGGGUAAACCUGAACGGCUUUUUCUAUGUAGAUACCGAGCACGGCGCUCGAAACGUUUGAGAGCUUGGAAGUAAAACGGCAUGACCCAACGUUGUACGCUUGUACGAUUCCUUGCAUGUCACAUCAAGUAUAAACCUUUUCACCAUGAGGUCAACAUGUACCACCGGGUGGCAAAAGCUCACGUGUUCUCAAAGUUAACAUGACUAAGGAAGAGUGAUUGUGAAAACAGGCUAAAUGGCUCCAAUGCUAACUUUAGCCUUCUUUCUACCGGUGUGGUUUGAAUAUGCGUAGUGUGGAUUGAAAAGACGAUCUUUUGUGAGGUUAACGGAUCGGAAGGGCGACAGAACGCUGGAUUUACAUUUUAACUGACUAGCAGGCUAGCCAUUAGGUUUUGCCAAAUGACUCAAAGUAAGAGAACAUUUUAUGGGUCUCUAUAAGAAAAUGUCUUCCACUAACUUGAUGAUCGAGGUCGUUCCCAGUUAAGAAUCCGUUCGGGAUUUGCUACUAGCUAUCUUCUGUAGCAACCUUUAGGACAUCAACUGGAUUUAUCCUCCUUAACCACAGAUUGCGCUCGAUUCAUAUCUAAUUUUUAAAGGAAAUCAGUUAGGUCAUGUCAGUGGUUACCAAUCAUUUCUCUGCCACCCGGAAGUACCGGGGUGUUUACAAACGUGAAGCGGUACUCCACGUGCCUCGACGGGUUCGAUUAAGCGAGGUUGUUUGCGUGAUUAGAGGACUGUCGAGACUUUGGCCCUUCGCGCUUGAUGUACACAUUUUAUUACGGCGGCGAGCAGCAGUUAUUGUGAUGAACAGUUUCAGAGGGAAAGAUGCUUAAUGAUAAAUGGAACGCGGUUCUGAUCGUGUGGUGGGUGUUAAGAUCCCACUGGAACACUACGAGAACCACAUACAGAAGACAAUUUCACAUAGCAUGAACACCAUGCAUCAUCAGACAGAUUUAUAUAUUACUAGAUAUUAUUUCCACGAUGAAUCUUAGUGCAGGAUACAAAUGUUCUUAUAGAGUGUGAGGUGGGGGAGAUGCAUUUUAUGGGGAGAAACAUAAUAUAUUUCUAUUUUGUGCCACUGGUUUGCAUGCAGGCUUUGUUAAAAAAAAAAAAAAAACUUCCUGUGGGAUAAGUUGAAUUAUUCCUGAGGUUAAUAUACCAAAUAUGUUUGCAAUGCAGUUGACCUCUUUUUGGUGGGUUCCAUUGUAAUGUUAUACAGGAAGAAAUCAGGUUAACAAUCAUUUGCAAUUUGAGGAACAGCAACAAAAACAACAACAAUAAACAACAAACCAAGAAAUGAACUUGACUAUGCGGCAAAUCAUCUCCACACAAUGUAUUUUUUUUUAUUCUCCCAAAUAUACACAACCACUGUACAUGAAAAUUAUUUUGUAUGAGGAUUUUAUGAUUCAAAAUAAAAAUGUCCCUGUAACGAAUGGUAUUUUCUUCAGAGACUGU